UUAGACACCUCAAAUCCGGCUGUUUUCACUAACAAGGCCCAUGACCUGUACGUUGAAGAAUCACCGUAUCCAACAUGUGGCGAUGACCAGUGUAUCGUGCGCAUUCGUUCGACAGGUAUCUGCGGCUCGGACAUCAAAUUCUGGCGCGCAGGACACGUCGGUUCCAUCAUCGUCGAAGAGCCUCUCGGUCUCGGGCACGAGUCCGCGGGCGAAAUCGUCGAGAUCGGAAAGGAUGUGACAAAAUUGAAAGUCGGAGAUCGCGUCGCCAUCGAGACUACGAUCCCGUGCGGGACGUGCAAACACUGCCUGAUCGGACGAUACAACCUCUGCCCAACUGCCACGUCCAUCGGGGCGCCUGGGACGCCAGGUUGUCUACGGCGGUACAUCGCGCACCGGGCGGCCUGGCUACACUUGAUGCCUCCCGAUAUGAGCUUUGCCACGGGGGCCAUCCUCGAACCGCUCUCUGUUGCGCUUGCAGGUAUCCGCCGCGCCGACCUCCGUCUCGGACAACCUGCCUUGAUCGCCGGUACGGGCGCCGUUGGCCUGCUCGCGGUCGCGCUCGCCAAUGCAGCGGGUGCGACACCAAUCGUUGCCACGGAUAUCUCGCAGCCUCGGCUAGAAAUCGCAAAGAAGUUGGGUGCAAAGUACGUUGUCAAUGUCGGCGGCAAGAGCCCAGCAGAAGUCGUGAAGGAGAUUGUAAGCCUCACUGGCGAAGCAGAUAGACCAGAGGUCGCUAUCGAGUGCUCUGGAAUCGAGUCAUCUAUUCAAUCGGCGAUGCUGGCGGUAGAUGCAGGUGGGGUCGUCCUUCAAAUAGGUGUAUGUGGUAAGGAGCACGUUGCGAUCCCCUUCGGCGCCGUCAUGGAUCGGGAGAUUGAUCUCCGUUACCUCUUCCGUUACAAGUCGACGUGGCCGGCCGCGAUCCGCCUCGCCUCCACGGGCAAGCUGAACCUUGAGGCGCUCAUUAGCCACACAUUUAGCCUCGAAGACUGCAUCAAAGCAUUCGAGACUGUCUUAGACCCCCACUCUGGUGCUGUCAAAGUGAUCGUGAGUCCACAUUCUGCAACUUUGAAUUGA